UGGGUUCAGCCGUUCAGCAUUGAACGCUAUGAAGUAUCGUUCAGUUACUUAAUUCGUGAUUGUAUUAUCUUAACAUCGUAUCUCACACGAUAGCUGUUCUUCCGAUAAUUUUCAUUUAUAUUGAUUGAUUGCAACGUAACAUGCGAAGAUACACACGGGCAUCGAUACCAAUAAAUUUCGUUAAGCUAUAACAGCAAGUGAUCAAUGGAACAUCAGACUUCACGUUCGCGCCGUCGUACUGCUGACGUCUGUGUAUGUCGCUUUCUUGCUUCGAAUGUUUGUAAUUACAUCAGUGAAAAAUAGAUCAAUUCGCAAAGUGCUUUGUACUCGAGGAUUAAAAUUUUGCAUAAUGGUGAACUUAACAGUUGCCACCUCGUAUUUUAUGUUUUAAUAAUCGAUCGUUGUGUAAUUAAUCGCCGUGAUAUACGAGUAUUGACUGGUCGAAUAGUUGUUCAAAAUCAGGUCCAUAAUGAGUUCUCAACCGAUUGUGGUACCUGGAGGUGAUCAUAGGCCUCAAUCAGAAUCCCAUUCUAUGUCUGUUGGAAGUGCUUCUGAUUCUUUCAAAACUAUGACACCGCCAAAUGUUAGCCGAUCUCUUAGUAACCGUAUUAGUGACCGUGGAUAUGGUACAUUACCAAGUAAGCUAGAACCAGUGGAUCAACAACUACGACGGAGCAGUGCUCAAGUACAAUCUGCGACAUUACCUAAACUUCCAUCGACAGAGUCCUUAUCAACAAGUGUAAAUUUAACAACUGCUGCACCUCCACUAUCUCCAGGACUAACUGCAAUGGGAGAAGGUAAUCAGAAGACGGAUAAUGCAUCUGAUAAGUCCUUAGAUUCCUGCAAAUUGACAAGAAAGGAAUCGUAUAAAGCUCAAAGGAAGAAUUAUAGAAUGGAAAAGAAAAGAGUUGCCAAUGAACUUUUAAGAUCAUUUAAGGAUCCAACAGUCAUUGUGAUGAGCGAUUGGCUUAAAGUUCGUGGAACAUUGAAGAGCUGGACAAAACUGUGGUGUAUUCUGAAGCCUGGUUUAUUGCUGCUAUACAAAAGUCCAAAAACAAAAAGUAGUCAUUGGGUGGGAACAGUCUUACUUAAUACGUGUCAAGUGAUAGAGCGCCCAAGCAAAAAGGAUGGGUUUUGUUUUAAAUUGUUUCAUCCCUUGGAACAAUCAAUAUGGGCUCCAAGGGGACCCGAGAAAGAAGCUAUUGGAGCUGUUGUACAACCGUUACCAACAUCCUAUUUGAUCUUUAGAGCUCCUUCACAGGCAGCUGGUAAAUGUUGGUUGGAUGCGCUCGAACUGUUUUUACGUUGUUCUUCGCUAAUAGUACGUUCCACAAGUGCAUUGCCACGUGCUCUGAUACACGAUACUACAACAACGCACGAAACUCAGUGGAGCGAAGCAGAUUAUGAAAAACAUUUUGACGAACACGACCUGGACGACAUUAGCCAACCAGAGAACGGAGUGGUAGCCGAUGCAGAGAUUAGCGCUUCGGACAGCGAAUCUGAAGGGUCAGCUAAAGAAGAUCAACCCGAAACAAUAAAUGAAACUCCGUAUAUUGCGAACGAAAAUGAAGUUCUUGGAGUGGCAGGCGAGGUCGUUGCCGAAUUACAAGACGACCAGAAGUCCUUAAUAUGGUUCUUGAUGAAACAAGUUCGACCAGGCAUGGACUUGUCAAAAGUAGUUCUACCAACCUUUAUUUUAGAACCUCGUUCGUUUUUAGAGAAAUUGGCCGAUUCCUAUUAUCACGCAGACUUGUUAUCCCUAGCAGUAGUAGAAGAUGAUGCAUUUACACGCAUGAAAGGAGUUGUUAAAUGGUAUUUAUCCGGUUUCUAUAAGAAACCACAAGGUUUAAAAAAGCCAUAUAACUCGCUUUUGGGUGAAACUUUUCGUUGCUAUUGGCAGCAUCUUAAUGGUUCAAGAACUUUCUAUAUAGCCGAACAAUUAUCUCAUCAUCCACCUAUAUCAGGGUUUUAUGUUACCAAUCGUCAGGAUGGGUUUACUAUUAGUGGUACAAUUAUUGCUAAAUCUAAAUUUUAUGGAAAUUCGACGUCAGCGGUGUUAGACGGUGUUGCAAUAUUGACCAUGUUACCUAGAGGAGAAGAUUAUACAAUGACUAUACCUUACGCUCAUUGCAAAGGUAUCCUUAUGGGUACAUUGUCUAUGGAACUAGGUGGAAAAGUUCAUAUAAAUUGCGAGAAAACAGGUUAUCAUACUGAAAUAGAAUUUAAGCUAAAGCCAUUCCUUGGUGGUGCUGAACAAAUGAAUCUAGUUGUGGGAUCGAUACGUCUUGGAAAGGAAACUCUUGCCACUAUAUCGGGAUAUUGGGACGGUCAGAUUUUAAUUACCGAUAAACGGACAGGGCAAGAAAAUGUAUUUUUCAAUCCAACUCCAGAAGUGCGUAGAAACAGGUUGAAGAAAUAUACCGUGCCUAUGGAACAUCAAGAUUCGUGGGAGAGUGAGAAAUUAUGGUACGACGUUACGCAAGGAAUCAAUCAGGACGAUCAGGUUGCUGCUACUGUCGCUAAGACCCAAUUGGAAGAGGCCCAAAGGGAACGUGCUAAAGAACGAAAACUCAAGGGGCAAGAAUGGAUUCCUAAAUAUUUUGUUCAGGAUAUUAUAACGGGUAAUUGGGUUUAUCGACACGCGGACGUCCGUCCGUGGGAUCCCAGGAACGAUGUCGUGCAAUACGAGCAAGAUUAUAUUGUGCGUACGAAAACUAGGCACAAGACACCAAUUAUGCGCGCUGGUAGUAUCGUUUCAGCCGAUCCACAAACACAGUUGCUUACAUUGCAGGUUCCGCUUCUUCAAGCUGAAUCUCGUUCUUCGCUCUCUGUAUUAAAAUCUUCGAAAAGACAAUUAUCUAACAAUUUGCCAUUAACAGAGACGGUUCAUGAUUCUGGAAGUUCAUCCGCAGAGGUACACUCGGAUUCUAGUCAGUCAAUAGGUAAAAGAAAGCGUUCUACUACUAGAAUAAUAGAUGUUAUUAAAGAGUUAGAACGUCAAAUGCUAGAAUACGGUGAGAAACUUAAUCGUAUACAACGUAUAAUAGAGCAACUUGCUAUAAGACAAAGAGAACACGGCGAUCAACAAAAUAGUAUAAGUAUAUUAAAGAACUUCAUAGAUACAAUUCUUGUUAUUGUAAUUGUUUUUUCUGUACAAUACUUUGUAAAAAUAUGGAACGAAGAACCUAGUGGAGGUUGAAGUGCCUGGUAAGAUCACAGUGUAUAUUUUAUACGUUAUUUAUCUUGUCUCAAUUCGAAUUAUCAGCUUUUGUCUAAAAAAAAAAACCUUAAAGGGAAAAAAUCCUAACAUUUAAAGUACCUAAUUUACGCGUGCUUUUGGUGAAGGCAAUAAAGCACGGCUGUUUUGGUAGAAUGUUGCUAAAGAAUAGAAUAAUAAAUUCAUAGAUUUUAAGGAAUAUCUAUAUAAUCGCAGUGCAAUCUUGUUUUACUUAUAGUUUUAAACGGUUUGGUUAAUGCUAUGUAGAAUAAUCAUUUUUCUGAGUUUAAGAAAUCUGGGGUUUCUUUUCUAGUGAUUAGUAUAAGAUUUUAUAAUUUUCAUUGAACGGUCCUCGUAGCAGCAGAGAACUAUAAAAACUGAAGAGAUUUCGAACUUUUACAGUUUCUUUGAGCUUAUCAUGUACAUAAUAUUUUCUAUAAUAGUGCACGAAAAAUAAUUAUAUUUAUUCAGAGAUUCUAACGAUGUUGUAGUAUUUACUGCAGUCGCUCAAUAGUAAAGUAUAAUGAUAAUAAUAAGAUCAUUGUAUAGAUAUAAUAACACACUUCUAUAAAUUUAAUUAUAUCAUCCUGAACUACGAAGUACGUAAAAGGGGGAAAGCUAAUUGCUGUUCCAAGUUGAAUAUAAUAUAAAUUUUAAGGCGGUCACCAAAAAAUGGAUAGCUUGAAAAUAUUAUUAACUGGUCACCAGUAUUGUUAUUGAUUAGAUAAUUCAUAAUAAAAAUAAGCGUAAAAUAUUAAUAUUGCCCGUAUAAUAUUCAAUGAGAACUUCGUCCAAAAUUUUGGAAGAUAGCUUAAGCCAUAAAGUUUGUUUUCUAUCAUUCAUAUUUUUGUAUUGCUGAAUUUAUUGCAACAUAUUUGAUAAGGGUUGUAUUAAUACGUUUCCCACGUUUAGGAAGACUCGUAUCGAUAAUGCUGUUUUAUACUUCAGCAAAUUGAGACAGAUUUUAAGCAUGGAUGCCUAUAAAUUACCGCAGCGCUAAAAUUUAUUAUACAUUUCUUGCAACUUUAAAGUCUAUGGAUACAAAGCGUUUAUUAAAAGAUGGGGGAAGCUGAAGUGUAUAAAUUCCUCGUGCAAAGAGGAAUCGAAUAGUCUUUUACCAUUUUUUAAUCGGAGGCCAUGUUUUUUUUUUUAAUAUAAAUAGUUACAAUGUCUAGGUAUGCGAACGUCAUGGUCAUAUGUUUCACACAUAAGAAACACAUGGUACAACUAUAAAGACUUACAUUUCGAAAAUGAAAUCUCAUCUUGCAAAAUAAAAUAAUAAUAGACUUUUCGAUUUCUCUUCGCAUUAGGAACUUUCAUAUUUCGAAUUCCCCCACUUUCGUGAACAAUCUACAGGGUGUUUCAAAGUUAAAUUUGAAAUACUUUACGUAUGAAU